AUGCUCAAGUACUGCAGCCUUUCACGCUGGGCUCUCGAAACGGAGGGUGCUAGUCUUGCCACAAGAAAAGGAUGGAGCAAUAAGGAUAUGGACCCCGUUCCACCUCAUGGACGUACGCUCAUCGCUCAUGCGCAGGUCUCUUACUGGGUCUCGGACGCGACGAAUCUCGCUGUCUGGGAGCUUGCUGGCUCUAUGCUCUCCCUGGGUCUUUCUUGGCGCCAGGCUCUACCUGCCAUUGCUGUCGCGUACUCCAUUACCUCGGUGGUCACAGUCAUCAAUGGCACCACUGGAGCACGUCUGCACGUUGCAUUUCCUGUUCUCAAUCGCUCUUCAUUUGGCUUCUGGUUCAGCUACUUUCCGGUCUUGAUCCGAGUCAUCAUCGCCAUGUUUUGGUACGGUAUUCAGACUUAUAACGGCUCGCUGUGCGUAUACCAGAUGCUGAAAGCAAUAUGGCCUUCCACUGCUCGGUUGCCCAACCACCUUUCGACGGAUGCCACCAUCACCAGUACCGGUGCUAUGUGCUACAUCAUAUACUGGACAAUUCAACUCCCCUUCAUGCUUCUCUCACCCCAAAAACUCCGGUGGCUCUUCAUGGUCAAGAGCACGCUCACGCCGAUCACAUGGCUCGCGAUGGUCAUUUGGUCCUUCAUCCGUGUUCCUUCGAACGACCCUGGCGGUCUCUUCAACCAACACUCUACAUUGAGCGGUUCUGCAUUGACUUGGACAUGGCUAAAUGCGAUGAACAGCGCGCUGGGGCUGUACUGUGGUCUCGCUGUGAACAUUCCGGACUUUACUCGUUAUGCGAAGAACGAACGAGCGCAAUACAUCCAGCCCAUCAUCAUGCCGAUCGUAUUCACAUUCUGCAGCUUCGCCGGCAUGGCAGUCACCAGUGCGGGCAUCACUCUCUAUGGCGACGUACUCUGGAACCCGCUUGAUCUCAUUGAUAGAUGGGACAACCGUGCUGCGGCAUUCUUCACGUCCUUCGUCUUUGCGCUAACUACGAUAGGCACAAACAUCAGUACGAACUCGAUGGGGUGCGGGAAUGACAUGACCGCGAUUUUUCCCAAGUAUAUCAACAUCCGGAGGGGUCAGAUUAUCUGCGCUAUCAUUGGCGGGUGGGCGCUUUGCCCGUGGCAAAUCCUUGCAAACGCCACCGGUUUUCUGACCUUCUUGGAUGGAUGGACCAUUUUCUUCGGCCCUUUCGCUGGGGUCAUGGUCACCGACUUUUGGCUCGUUCACAAAGGUCAAGUGGACGUGCCUGCUAUGUACGACCCACACGGUCGAUAUCGAUACACGGCCGGUGUUAACUGGCGCGCAGUGCUCACAAUGCUGAUAGCAAUAGUGCCGACCCUUCCAGGGCUCGCCAAGUCGAUCAACACUACUCUCUUCGUUGGCGAAGCUCCUCAUCUCUACGACAUAUCAUGGAUGUAUGGUUUCUUCGUCUCCUGCGUCGUCUACUACUCUUUGUCACUCAUCUUUCCUCCGCGAGGGACAUUUGUCGAUGAGCUCGUCGAAUGUUCGACUGACGACCUUAGUGCAUUCGGUAGGAGCCAAAAGGAUGGAUCACAAUCUGGGUUGCCCACCGAAGGUGAAGAAGUAUUUGAGGGAAAACAUAGUGAUACCGUGCACGUGAAGGCAAUAGAGGUGUAGGAGUCCAUACCUACACUUUACCGGUUUUUAAUCGAAGUAGAUAGCGUAUUUGAACUAGUACUUCGCAGAAGACUAGAUGGAAUUGUAACAUGG